AUGGUCGGUCCGUCAAACGAGCUUACUUGUUACGCUGGCUCCCCCUUCACCCUCGAUCGUGGGGAUUUGGUUUGGGACAAGGCUGCACUCACCAAUUACACUUAUGGUGGUGAUAGCUCAAACUCCACUUCGCCUUCGAACACAACUACAUGUCCUACAGCCUCAACAACACCAAGCAGCGAGAACAAGGAUGGGAAAGGUAACAAUGAUGUCGCGAUUGGAGCCGGAGUGGGGAUCCCCCUAGGAGUCCUGCUUCUCACUGCGUUGGGCUGGGCGUUAUUCGAACGGAGAAAACGUCUCUCUGUUCAGGCUACGAUGGCAGGACUCCAAUCCCAGGCUGCUGCGGCGCAGUGGGAUGUGCAGAGGCAGGCACCCGUUUAUUCUCCUCCUAGUGAGCUCUCGGCUGCUGGGAAACCGCCCCAGGAGCUAGCGACUACCCGUUAA